GCGCGCCGCUUCCUCCCCCCACGUGGGGGCCGGCUGCUUACUGAAACAGAAAGUGUGCGGCCAGGGUUCACCUUCACCCUUAUCGGCUUGUCUCAUCAUCCGGGGAGGGGGGAGAGGAAGAAGACAUGAGUGCCGGAGCCCGGGCCGCCGCCGCCGAGGAGGAGGAGAUCCAGCUGACUAGAGGGCCGUCCGGCCUAGGGUUCAACAUUGUGGGCGGCACAGACCAGCAAUACGUGUCUCAUAAUGACAGUGGAAUAUACGUUAGUAGCAUCAAGGAGAAUGGAGCUGCCGCUGUGGAUGGAAGGCUGCAGGAGGGAGACCGAAUACUGGAGGUGAAUGGUAUUAAGCUAGAAAAACUUUUGCACAAAAAUGCAGUGGAACUCUUCAGGAAUGCUGGUGAAAAUGUGCUCUUAAAGGUUCAGCACCAGAAUCAUCUAAAUGGACCUCUUGGAGGCAGAAGCGACACAGACUCUGAUGGAACAUCAAUAGUCAUGAUAUUGGUGCCUGUAAUAUUAGCUGCCGUGGCUGUCUACGCCUUUGUAAAAUAUCGGCAACGCAUAACAAAAUAUUAGACUGCCAAACCAUGCAAACGCAAAGAACACAGGAAAAUACAGCUGUACGCCAGUCCUUUUGAAUGCUAUUAUGUAAGAGCCCUACAUUCUAUGUACUGCCUGUAAAUAUAUUCACUAGCUUGGAAUGGUACUGACCACAGGAAUGUUUCAGUACCACCUUUCUGACAAUAUGCGCUAUCUAGCCUUAGAAGUUGCGCUAAAAUCUUUAGCUCUGCUAUGUUUAAUCUGAACUUAAUUCUCUUGAAGUAAGUUAUUCUUAUCAAUGUUUUCUGUCCCUAAAUAUUUUAAAUAAUUUAACUUGCGGUACUGUGUCUUCACAUGUAUGUUGUCGGAAGAAGAGGAAUGUAUAAAUAUUUAAUUAGACAUUCCACAUAUAGUGGAAAGUAAUUUUCCUUGGGGUGAGGUCCAAUGAAAUACACCUGAUGAGCUGAUGGGAGCUUGCUACAUUUGAUAAUAAAACCACACAGAGCCAA